AUGUCUGGAUCAAUACGAAGGAAAGUCGUCAUCGUAGGAGACGGUGCCUGUGGAAAGACCUCAAUGUUGACCGUUUUCACCACUGGAAAGUUUUCAGAGCUUUACCAUCCAACCGUGUUCGAGAACCAGGUGGCGGACGUCGAGGUCGACGGAAGGCAUGUCGAACUCAAUCUAUGGGACACUGCUGGCCAAGAAACCUACGACCGACUGCGACCCCUCACUUACGCCGACUCACACGUUAUUCUCAUAUGCUUUGGGGUGGAUUUCCCGGAUUCCCUCUAUAACGUCCAUGACAAGUGGAUAGCUGAAGUAAAUCAUUUCUGUGGACGUCUACCUAUACUCCUUAUUGGAUGCAAGAUAGAUCUCAGACAAGACCCGAGGGUGGUUGGAGAGAUGAGACUGUAUGGUCAAAGGCCGAUAACUUAUGAAGAGGGAUUAUCAGUUGCGCGUCGGAUUGGGGCAAGAGAUUAUAUUGAGUGUUCCGCUAAAUCAGGGGAAGGGGUUCGAGAAGUUUUCCAGGCUGCGACAAGAGCAACCCUGCUGAAGCCAAAACGGCCGGGGGGCUCAUCAUGUGUGAUUUUAUGA